GAAUUUUGUAAACGUUUUUGACAUUCAUAAGCAUGCCUUAAGUCGCAUCUAAACUGAAUAAAUAAAUUUUGAUUGAUUGAUAAUGACUUCAGAAAUUGAAUUACUUAACUUUUGACAAGCUUCAAAUAAUUUCUAUACUAGUAUUAAGAAUGCUUUUUCUAUUAUGAAGUAAUAAAAAACUUUUGAAGCAUCAGCAGUAUUUAAAAUACAGCAUAGCAGAUGCUGGGGUUCCGUUUCCGGCAUCAGAACUGUCAACACCGUAGUGAUAAACUCCGAGUAUUAUUAAGUGAAAUAAAAUAGUAAACGUAAUUUGUGGCUGCUAGUAUCCGUCGAUACAGUACUGGGACCUCUGGAAGUGACUAAAAAACAAACAGGGAAGUGUGAUCACUGGAAUCCACCGUAAAUCUACAACCACAAUAUCAACUAUUGUAUUGGAGGUUAGAAAACACAAAAACAACAAAUUGUUACUCAGUGACACUUGCCGUAAACGUCAAGUAAUCUGACAUAUCAAACAGUGUUGCCAUUUGUGAGAAAUAUUAUAUAGCCAUAUUCUACUAUUACGUUCCGCUACACGUAAACAACAAAUAUAAGAUGGAAGGUCAAUUCCAAAUAUUAUUUGAAAAAAUUAAAUUAGAGAUGCAUAGUCAAAACGCUGAAUUGAAGGAGUCUAUAACAAAUAGUAUUAUGGAAAAAAUAGAUGAUAAACUAAUCCCUAUAAUAGAAGAAAAUAAUAACCUGAAAACUAAAGUAGAAAAACUAGAAAAAGAAAUAGAUUAUCUUAAGAGGUCUGAGAAAAACAAUAAUAUUAUUAUAUUCGGCUUAGACGAAAACGAAAAAUCCUCUUAUGAAUUAAUCUUAAAGCUCAAAGAUACCUUCAAUCAAGAUUUAAAUAUUAAAACGGAAGAAUAUGAUUUCAACAAAACUUUUCGCUUAGGAAAAAUAAAGAAAGAGAGCAACAAACCGAGACCGAUACUGUGCUCGUUUACAAGCAACUGGAAAAAGACUGAAAUUUUGAAAAAUAAAAACAAUCUAAAAACUAUACACAUUGCGGAAGAUUACUCAAAGGAUGUGUUACAAAAAAGAAAGGAGCUGCAAGCCAAGUUAACUGAAGAGAGACAAAAGGGCAAUAUAGCAUAUCUGAAAUACGACAAACUUAUUGUAAAAGAGAACAACUACAGCCAAGAGAAAAGGAAAAGGGAAAUAUCCGCUUCACCCUCUUCAGGUAACAAUCAACCAAAAAAGCAACAAACCGAAAACGCAAUGAAGACUAACAGGACAAAUGCUUUUGAUCUAAUGCGAUACAGAUCCAGCUCCUUAUCGAACAUGCCUAUUACUAAUAAAAACCAAUAGCAACUCAAGAACGACAAACGGAAACCAAAACCAAACAAUAAAACAGCCAACAAAGAAACAAAAAACAACGAACUCCCCCAAGCCGACUGGUCCUCGAGGGGGAAAGCGACCACAACCCUCCAACAUAUAAAGACAACAACCACCAAAAAUUAGUAAUUUACAUAGCAUCCCUCAAUGUACACCUUGAGAAAAGAAGAAAAUCUUACGGAACUGAAUAGAAAAGGUUGGAGGAGGCCUUUGCCGACUGGCAAACAGAU